AUGUUUUCCAAGGUGAAGAAUUAUGGGUCUUCAUCUAAGAAGGAAUCCACAGCGGAGGAGUUCACCAUACCGGAGUACUCCAGGGAUGACGGCGAGAAGUACGCUGGAAAUAGUAAUGACUACAGCCAGCGCGACAGCGAUAAUACAUCUAUAGAGUCAGAACCAAGAACUAAGCUUGUACAUAGGUUUGUCGACUCUUUCAAGAGAGCACAGGAUGUGCCCACAGGCCGUAAGAGCAAAGAAAUCGGCAACAAUGGCGGAUCCAAGACUAAAGGUGGCUUUGAAGAGGAUUCUCUUGACCUAGAAGGUUCUGACCAUGACUCCAUAAUAACUAACACACAUUUGAAGAAAGCGAUGAAGUCCAGACAUGUUAUGAUGAUGUCUUUAGGUACGGGUAUCGGUACUGGUCUGUUGGUCGCUAACGCUAAGGGUCUGCACUUCGGUGGGCCCGCUGCGUUGGUCAUCGGUUAUGUUCUAGUUUCCUUUGUCACAUAUUUCAUGAUUCAAGCAGCAGGUGAAAUGGCUGUCACAUACCCAACUCUUCCUGGUAAUUUCAAUGCAUACAGUUCCAUUUUUGUCUCAAAUGCGUUCGGUUUUGCCACAGUCUGGAUUUUCUGUAUCCAAUGGUUAACUGUCCUACCGCUAGAAUUGAUUACUGCCUCCUUGACUAUAAAGUAUUGGAACGACAAAAUAAACGCUGAUGUUUUCAUCGUGAUUUUCUAUGUCUUCCUGUUGUGUAUCCAUCUAUUCGGUGGUGUUAUCGCCUACGGUGAAACUGAAUUCCUGUUCAACCUAUGUAAAAUUCUCAUGGUCAUUGGUUUUAUUAUCAUGUCCAUUGUUAUUAACGCAGGUGGUGCAGGUAACAGGGAGUACAUCGGUGGCAAAUUCUGGCACGAUCCAGGUGCUUUUGCCGGUAAAACUGCAGGUUCAAGGUUCAAAGGUAUUUGUUACGUUUUGGUCAGUGGUUACUUCUCUUACGGUGGUACUGAACUGUUUGCCCUAUCUGUCAAUGAACAAUCAAAUCCAAGAAGAUCUACUCCACAAGCUUCUAAGAGUAGUUUAUACCGUAUUUUGAUUAUUUACUUAUUGACAAUGAUUUUGAUCGGCUUCAAUGUGCCUUAUGACAGUGACGAAUUGAUGGGUUCAGGUGGCUCUGCUACUCACGCUUCUCCAUAUGUCUUGGCUGCAUCAUUGAAUGGAGUUAAAAUUGCUCCUCAUUUUAUCAAUGCCGUCAUCUUGAUCUCCGUUAUUUCUGUUGCCAAUUCAUCUCUAUACGCUGCACCAAGAUUGAUGUGUUCUUUGGCUCAGCAAGGUUACGCUCCUAAAUUUUUGGAUUAUGUGGACAGACAAGGUAGACCUUUGCUUGCGUUGAUCGCUUGUUUGCUUGUUGGUGUCAUUGGUUUCGUUGCCGCCUCUCCUAAGGAAGAAGAAGUCUUUACUUGGUUGGCUGCCAUUGCAGGUUUAAGUGAACUUUUCACCUGGUCAUCCAUCAUGUUGUCUCAUGUUAGAUUUAGAAUGGCAAUGAAGUUACAGAACAGAAGUUUGGAAGAAUUAGGAUAUAAAGCCACUACUGGUAUCUAUGGUUCCAUAUAUGGUGUUUGCUUCAACUUGUUAGUCUUCGCAGCCCAGUUUUGGACCGCUCUGUUCCCAUUUGGUGGCGAUGGUAAAGCUAAUGCUAACUCUUUCUUUGCUAACUAUCUAGCUAUGCCAAUCUGGCUAGUCUUUUACUUCGGUUACAUGCUGUGGACACGUGAUUUCCAAUUAUUAAAACCACUUGAUAAAAUAGAUCUUGACUUUCAUAGAAGAAUUUAUGAUCCAGAACUAAUGAGACAAGAGGAUGAAGAAUCUAAGGAAAGACUAAGGAAUGGCUCUUUUAUGAUGAGAAUGUAUCAUUUCUGGUGUUAA